AUGUUACAGCAAAUGCAUAUGCCUGGCAAUUUCCCUCCACCGCACCUACUACGAGGAUUUACGAGGGGUGCACCUUUGCCUCCACAUCCCAUCAAUCGAACGACUGGUUUUAUACAGGAAUCAAGUCCAAUGCAAGGAUUUCCUUUCGGUCAAAGGCAGCCCAACUUUAGUAGCCUUGGAAUUCCACCACAAGCUCCUGAUGUUGGUGGAGGAACUCAUCCUCCAGAGGCACUUCAAAGGCUCAUAGAGAUGGAACUGAGAUCAAACCCUAAGCCAAUUCACCCUUUUGCGACGGCCAGCCAUAGUCAGGGGAUAUAUGGUCAUGAGCUGGACAUGGGUUUUGGAUAUAGAUAGUAAAUUCUAACCCCGGUUGUGUAUACGAUGAGGUAUUUGUGAUAUCAUGCGCAGAACCACCUUGCAUGGGGUGGGCGGUGGGUUUAAUGCGUUUCUAGGGGAGAAAGUACCUCAGGUUGGAUGUAAUUAAUGGCUAUUUACAUGAAAUUGGCAUUCGGAUGGGAUUUUUAAUUUUUCUUUAGCUUUUUAUAUUUGAAACCAAAGCCCCCAAGAAGCCUGAAACAGCAAGUGACUUUGCCAGGUCUUUCUUCCAAUAUAAGUUGCUGCUUCACUAGAGUACGAGGUCAUUGUUGUAAUGGGUGUAGUAACGUUGCAAAACUGUAAAGAUGUUUUUAUGGGGUUGAUCUUCUACUCUUUUUUU